AUGUUAAUGUCAUUAAUUAUAGAAAACACAGUCUAAACACUGACUGUGUUAGCUUUAAAAAAUCAUGUAACAAGCGAAUUAAAUUGUAUUCAUAUUUUUAAAUCCAUAUAGUUUAAGGGGUGCAAGUUAGUCUGUAAAAGUCAGUCAUUGUCUACGGUGAACAAUGGGAGACAGGUACAAUAUUCACAGUCAGUUAGAGCACCUGCAGUCGAAGUACAUCGGGACGGGUCACGCGGACACCAACAAGUGGGAGUGGCUCACCAACCAGCACCGAGACAGCUACGCAUCGUACCUCGGCCACUUCGACACACUCAAUUACUUUGCACUGGCAGAAAAUGAAGCGAGAGCACGAGUGAAGUUCAACAUCAUGGAGCGGAUGUUGCAGCCCUGUGGACCUCCGCCAAAACGGCCCGAAGAUUAGGACACUGUGAUCUGGCCCACUCUGACCGGAACUCUGGCACCCUGUGACCUGAGUGACCACAAGACUGGCACUGUUUAUUAAUUCGCCAGCAGACAUGUCUUUUAAACUGUACAACUCUCAGGUAGGCAUAUGCCUAAUUAAGUGACGGCCCACUUGUAUAAUAUUUUGUUAAUAAAUUCGACAUUUCUCAGUUGUCCAGGCUCAUACCAUCUUGUGGAUCACAGUAGACAUCAUUGCAGUUAAAUUAAUUGUGUGCUCUAUAAUUUAGGAAAAUCCAAUACAGCUGCUAGGGCUCGACCUUCACGGUAAUUUCAUGGUUAUAAUCUUAAAAAAUACUUGUUUUACAAUAAUGUUAGCAUGUGUAAAGGUUGUACUCUUUGAAAGAAAAAUGGGGCUGUUCGACAGUUAUGCGACUCACAAACUUGGCCAUUGUUGUAUACCCACAUCCCACUUAACAUGCUAAGAUUGUUCGGUCUCUUCGAAAAUUACGAAAUACUAUUGUUAACACUCCUAUCUCUCUGUGUACUGUGCCUGGUAUAAUUUGUCCAAUAAAAUUGCAGGAUUCAUACAGAUUUGAAAAGUGUUUUAAUGUGAGUGAUUAUAAUGAAAAGCCCUUGAAUUUGUGAAAACUGCUUGAAUUUGAGAAAAUCGUGAAACGUUCUUAAAUCAUGGCAUAUAUUACCAUUGAUAAAUAUUAAACUUUACCUUCCUCAA